AUGGUCAUCGUGGUAACCAGACUAAAGAACAAUAAUAGUAUUAAUAGUAGUAAGAGAAUUCGAUGGGAAUCGUUGGAGCUAUUAAAUUUUAUCGAUUUUGAUUCUAUUCGUGAUGAAGUCAUUCCAUGGAUCAUGUCACUUAUUGGUCAAGCUUUUCGUGCAGGUGAAAUGGAAUACGUCAGUUACGCCAUCCAAAGAUUAUCAAAUGCUUCAUCAGACUGGUUUACCAAUCACCAUGCUAGAAUCACCAUUGAAACAUUCAUGCCCAUUUUAAAACAACCAGAAACGUCUUUGGAAUUACCAGUCAUAGGAAUGACACUCAAAAUGUUAUUAUCAGUUUCAAGUGAUGACCUCGUAGAAUGGGAUCAACAACAACAACAACCCGAACAAUUUGUAUCAUUAAUCUAUUCAAAUGUUUCUUGUAAAGUUAAAGAAAUAGAUCUAGACAUUUGGAAUAAUGAUAUUGAUGAAAAAAAAAAAAACCAUGAUUCAGACGACUCUGAUGAUUCGGAUUUGGAAGAUUCUGAUGAUUCAGACGAGUACUCAGGGUAUUCAAAAGAGGUUUUAGAUUAUUCAGAUGAACAAACGAUUAAAGAAUUUGCACAGUUUUUAGCAAAUCCAGUUCUAUCAAAUAUCAUUCUAGAGGAAUGCAAAAGAAGAGUGGUCUCAACAUUUUGGAAAGAUAGAUAUGUCUCAUUGUUACUCUAUACUAAAAUGGUUCCCUAUUUGACUGAACAUUAUGACCAAUCAGAGUCUAUUGGACAAGAAAUGGAGAAAAUUAUCAAGGUUUUUAUGUCAACUGCCAUUGAUACCAAUCCUCGAGUUGGAUGCGCAUUUUUUACUUUUCUUUCAGAGGUAUUUAGGGAUGGCCCACAUUUUUCGAUUAGUCUUGUCAAUCAACUCUUACCCUAUACCAUUGAAAUAUUUUUCUUUUCAAAUACAAUUUUUAUCAAGAUUAUUUUAAUUUCCGAACUAUAUUAUUCUAAAAUUGGUCAUUUAGCCUUGGAAGCGAUUCGCGAAUUUGCAAAAAGAAAUGGUAAACGAUUCUCAAAGCAAUUUAAAGCUUUUCUUGAACAUUUCAACGAGAUGAAGUGUGGUGUCGAAUAUGGUAUAUUUUCAGAUUAUAUCAAAAUAUGUAUGGAGGCAUCAGAGACUCUUGGAAAAGAUUAUUCAAUCUACAUUGCACCAACAAUGAAAAUCAUUUUGGAUAUUCUCAAUCAAUCGGUCGGUCGAACUCGCGAGCCUAUUGCACGACUGAUGGUCCGUGCAUUAAAAGGCCUCAGAUACUUUUUAGACUGGACCGAUUCUAGCAUUAUUCCAUAUCUCGAGACAUUGGUCAAUGUUUGUACAAGACUCUCAAUCACCCAAGUUGCAGAUGACCAAGAUAUUUAUGAUGCUACUGAUAUUUGUUAUCGUGCCAUUAAUAAUUUCUAUCCAUUACUCUGUGUAAGCAACGAUAAAUAUGGAAACCAUAGUCAACAAGCCACAACACUAUACUCUAGAUUACUAUCAUGUAUCUUGGAUUCGUGGAUUGGUUCGUGGAGUGACCAAGAUAUCGAUUUGUUCAGUAAAAAGUUGUUUGUUGCAAGAAACUUGACAGAAAUGAUGGCAGACUAUUUCAUGACCUCCGAACAAAUCACAAAUGCCAUUUCAAAAUUGUGGAUUAUCAAAAAUAAGGUGUUUGGUCUUCUUUUAGUGGACGACAGAGAUGAAGACUACGAGGUGGAUCAAGACUCUAAUAUUGAACUACUGGCAAAUCUCUACAAAUUGGUUGGUCAUUUUGUCAAAAAAACAAAAGAGGUUGCGAUCCGUGUCAUCAUAGUAAUGGAUAUUUUAUCAGAUACUUUGCAAUUUAUCAAUAACCGAAAAGUAGACAAUUAUAUCAAGCAAUCAAUACUACAAAUGUUUUCAGAUAUUUGUGAAUUUGGUGGUCAACCAAGUAUUGCAUUGUAUCCUCAAAUCAUUCCAGUCAUGAUUGAAUAUCUUUCAUCAGACUGUGACGAGUCUGCACAAAAUGCAGCAUUUGGAUUGGGUGUGGCUGCAGCCAAUGCCAAGGAGCAAUUUGCACCAUACCUAUUUACAACACUCAGACAACUCAAAGACCUCGUAUCUCGAAAAGAAGACAAGGGAAAGGAAAUGGUUGAGGCAACUGUCGAUGCCAUUUCAGCAAUUGGAAAGUUAAUUAGACAUGUACCUCAAUUGUCUCCAUUGGUACGUAAAGUCAUUCCAGAGUGGUUAGAGAAACUUCCAAUCAAUCAUCACAUCAAAAACACACAAUGUAUCGAAAACUUCUAUCAUAUCAUGCAAUUAUAUCCAAACGAGUGUCUUGGUGAAGAUGAUGAUAAUUAUCAUCCAAUUGUCGACCAAAUUAAAUCGAUUAUAUCCGAAUUUGAUACAAGAUUGAAUCCCAGGCUUCAAAAGUACGGUUUCUUUCGACUCGAUUUUGAUGAAUUGGCUAUUUAUCAAUCAAAUCAACAAACAUCUAAUAAUAUUCAAUCAUUAUUAUCUAUAUUAAUAAAAGACAGAGAGAGAGAGAGAGAAAAAGAUAACAAAUAA